UAAGCAAACGUCCCUCUAACAAGGUUAAUGUCCAGUCACGGCACAAUACACACUGAUCACUUAUAAGGUCGACUUAUUCUCAAUGAAAUAACCCGACACAUGAUAUGAUAGUAGAAAAAAACUAAGCUAAAAUAUAACGCGCAUUUUUUCUCUCUUCUUUAAACGCGGGUGAUACAUUUGUAAGACGCACUUUACUAGUAGUUGUGGGAACCUAUCAAUUAUUGAACUGGACAUUAUUUCACCGGAUUUUGUUGAAGAUUGUAAGUCAACUACACAGGAGGACACAGAAUGUUAUACUCUAUCUUCAUUGCUGUGAUCGUUGGAAUCGGGGCAAUUUACUUGGUUUUCCGAAAGCGCACCUUGAAAGGAAAAGUCAUUCCAGGACCAAAAGGCCUUCCAUUUAUCGGUUGUGCUAGUGAUGUUAAUGAAGACAAUAUAUGUUUUAAGCUUACCGAAUAUGCGGGAACCUUCGGCGACAUCUUUCGUUUUAAAAUGUUUUCAGACAAUCUUGUAGUGUUGAAUAGCCAAGAAAUGAUACAAAAAGCAUUUGCUGACGACAAGUACAAGCGGCAUUUCAAUGAUCGAGCAAGGAUGUUCUACGGCGAAUAUUUUCGUUUUCAUAACCAGUCUUUAGCUUUCGUAAUAGAAGGAUUCGGAAUGUUUCACAAACUAGCACGGCAGCAGUUUGUAAAAGCGGUACAUGCUUAUGGCAGUGGGCUGCAGGACUUAGAGAGAAACGUUAUGACAGAAAUGAAUCUUCUGGUGAAUCGAAUAGAAAAAAUGCCAAACAUGACAUUUCAAUGUAUGGACCUUUUCAAAAGGUCGUUAUCAAACAUUAUUUCUCUUGUGCUUAGUGGUGAGCUUAUAAAUGACGUUGAUCCGGAUAUAGACAUCUUCUGGCAGCAUGUUCGUGGAAAUGACUUCUUCCUUAGUUCAGCGACAAACUCCAUUAUGACGUCAUUUCCUUUUCUUCGAUUUCUUCCCGGCAAAUUUAGCAACGAAUACAGGAAAUGUAAACAGGCAAACGAGAAAAUUCAACGGAAGUACUUCUAUAAAUUAAAGAAUACAUACAUUCCUGGAAAAUGUCGAGGAAUCGUUGAUCACUAUAUAGAGGAACAACGGAAAGAAAUGGCAGUCGGAGGCGAAAUUUUCUUCACUGAUGAACGAAUCAUUGCACAGAUUGUAGAAGUCAUAGAUGCAGGUAUAACUACGACUUGGGCUUUUCUUACUAACACGAUGCUUGUGUUAAUGAAUCAUCCAGAGGUUCAGGCCAAGAUACACGCAGAAAUUGACACAGUUAUUGGAACAGAGCGGUCUCCUACCUACUCGGAUAGGAAAAAUUGUCAUUAUCUUAGGGCGUUUGAAAUGGAGAUGCACAGAUACCUUACCCUUGCCCCAUUCUUACUGCCACAUCUAUGCCAAGAUCAUGUAGAGUUUUGCGGAUAUGACAUUGAACCAAAGAGCCUGAUUCUAGCAAACAUAUGGUAUGCUCAUCAUGAUAAAGAUGUUUGGGGAGAUCCUUGGACUUUCAGACCAGAAAGGUUCUUAGAUGAACAGGGAGACCUCUUACCACGAGAACACAAACUGUGCAAAAGCGUCUUGGCCUUCGGGUUAGGACAACGCCAGUGCACAGGGGAAGUGUUUGCCAAAACGCGUGCUUUUCUGUACAUGGCUACCUUGUUGCAGCGCUGGUCGUUUGAAUUUCCUGAAGGUAUGGAAAGAAGUUGCGAUCCUAGAACACCUGACUCGUUUGAUCUGAAGGGCAUUAUUAAAUCGAAGCCAUUUCUCUGCAUGGCAAAAGAGCGCUCUCAACAAUGAAACCUCAGCCAAAACCAUGAAUAUGUUGUUGCGUUAUUCCUUUAUCCAUAUCGAUCAAUAUUAAUAAAUCUGUUUUGAAAGAUUUAACUUGAAUAAAACAACAUUAUGGUAUUAAUUAAUAAUGCCUCGGUCACAAAACCGUACGAUGUCCGUACGGUUUAGAAAAGUCGUACGAGUUCACCAGCGCGAGUUGCAAGUGUAUCAGUCUGAGACCAUGUGACUCCAUUCUGUACCUUGAAUCACCAAGGAAGUCGUACGGAGCCCGUACGGCGAUCAAUCGCCCUUCGAGGCCCAUGCGGACAUCGCACGUUCCCCAUGGUGUCCUUAAUAUCGUACAGACAUCGUACGUUGACCGUGCGAGUCCACUGUGAUGCGCGUGCUAGCAUCUGCAAGCUCCGAUGCCCGUACGAGUUCCGGGGCCCGUGCGGUUCCCGUCAGGGGCUCUUGCGAGCUGCUCCCGACGCCGAAAAUCUUUACUAACUUGUAGAGAACUCGGGAGCUGGAUGAAACGUUUUCACCGAGUUCCCAAGCCCUAUACGAGUAAACAAAAUCCGUACGACACUCUCACGAGUCAAAGAUGUUCGUACGGACGCCGUACGAGUUUGCCAAAAUUCGACUGAAAAUCUACUCGUACGGACCUCGUAGUGUUCUUGUGACCAGGGUAUUAUUGAGCUGAACCUAUAGAACCUAUUUUGAGUAUAUGGCUUUCAGAUAUUCACAGAUUCUAUUACUUCAUAUGACAAAUGCGAAUGAUUCUGUGUUGAUUUUUUUAUUUGCGUCCUUUUUGGUAGCCAGAAAGUCAAACUGAAUACCGACAACAAAAUCAGAUAUUAUAUCAUAUCUUUGUUAGUUUAGAAAUGAUGCAUCUUCUAUAUGUGAUAAUUAAUAAGAAGUGGUAAAAACCCAUUUUAUUUGGACACCGCUUUUCGUUACUUACAAUCUCCAAAAGUAUGUGCAGUGUUGUAGUAUAAAAAUGUUUGAGCGUAUUCUUAUUAAAUAUCACAAACCUUUAUUUCUAUUUAAAAAUCGAAACUUGGUCACCUAUUAUAUGUUUUAAGAAAAACUGGGGUCUCUUCUAGCGGAGUUAGGUUAUUAUAUAUUGUUGUUAUAUUUGCUGGUCCUUUGGGAUCAUCGAGUCUAUUAAAUCUCUAUGUUGUAGAAUUUCACUUAAGACUGUGGGAGGUCGUGGGGUGGGGGUGAGAGGUGCUGUACUUUCUAUUACGUCUCAUGAACAGAAUCAAUCAAACCCGAAUUAGAUUAAUAAACUUAAAAUCGAAAAGUCAAGAAGUGCCUACUCAUUUUGGACUCAAUACCCAAACAUAUAAUAGAUAUUUAAUUCAGAUAUUCAUUCAUUUUUAGGAGCUGCUAUUUCUCAAUUGACUUGACUUCAAAAAUAGACAAGGGUUCUAUUUACCUCAAUUUUUCCUGUUUGUAUGUUUGUACUAAUGAUGUUACUUGUAGUACUAUUCGGCUUGUGAAAUAUCCUAUCCUUAUAUUACUACCAAAAUAUAUGCUUAUAGCUCUGCGUUGUUUUAUUUUUCUUCAGAUUUAUCUAGACCAGUAAUUGAGUUUUCAGUAAUUGGUUCUAAAGUUAAAGGAAUAAAUGUUUGCUUGAAAAGCAAUUAGGAUGGAAAGAAAGGUAACACUUGUAAAGUUUUUACCCUCUUUUGAAAGUCAAUCUUCCUUUUAGCUAAUAAAGAAGGGGCAUUGCAUUUUAACUGAAAUGCACUAGAAGAUUUAGGCAAUUCUUUAUCAAUGCAGUAGUACGUCAUUCAUUUCUGAACAAAUUUAUUGGGCUUAUGUGUAUAAACAGGAGAAAAAUCUGUUAUGAAUUACCUUUUAUUGGAUUAUAUUUUGCUCGGAGCGGCCAGCGUUGUAAAAUGCUACAUCAAUUGCAGUUUGGUAUGUAACAUUUUGCUGCUUUAUUUCUGAGAAUUUGGUAUGUUACAUUUUCCAGGCUUGAUUACAUUAGUUUUCUUUGUAUAACUUUCUGCUUUUUUCAAAGCACACAUUUCUCUAAGAAUGUUGCAUAAAUUGCAGUAUGAUAUUCAAAGAUUUGCAAUCGUAUUCCUGAGAAUUUGUAACAAUGUCCAGGUUUAUUAGACAUUAGUUUUUAUAGUUUGUCACUCUUUAUUCAGAGAAAGUGAUAUGUGUUUCAUUCGAAUGCUAAUACAUAACCUUGAUUGCAUUUUAUCUAGUGCACACAUUUCUCUGAGGAAUUUCUAACAAUUGCAGUUUGAUUUGAUCCAACAAAUUGUUGUGAUUUUCCUGAGAAAAUGAUGCGUGACAUUUCCCAGGCGUUCGUCACAAUUAUGUUGUUAAUGCCACUCUUCUUUAUUCUUAGCAUAUGUUUAAUAUAUAAUAGAUCUUCCCAUAAAACUUCAAUUUGAGAUAAUUUAUCAGUAGAAUUUCAUCUUUUAUUAUACAGUACUGUGUUAAACUUUGGGGUUUUUUUUCUAGUGAAAAUGGUAUUAGAAAGUAUCCUAGAAAAUACUGUGUUUGCCUUUUAUUGAGAGAAUACGUUCUGUUGGGAUUAUAUAGAUAAACAUAGGGAUAAUUGUUUAACCAGAUCUUAAUAUUCUUCAAUCCAUGCAUAUAUGUUAUUAUAAAUAUCAUAAUAUUAUCCUUAUAAGUAUAUGUUUCAUUUCAUUGUUGUCAUUAUAGAUUCAUGUCUUUUAAAAAUUCAUUUGCUUGGCCGGCGGAGUGCACAGGACAACUCCUCCAACGUCUGUGCCAUAUGUUUCAAGUAUUAUAAAGCAUUUUAGCAUAAGUGGUGGUCAUAAAACGUGUUUUGAUAUACUUUAAAAUUGCACCAUUCACUAUUAAUGCUCCUUAUAUUACAAUCAUGGUAUCAAUCGACGGGUCUGUAACCAUCUUCUUACAUGACACCUAUUCUGACAAAUACAUUCGUGUUUCUUCAGAAACCGAUAACUUUCUAAAAUCGCCUAAAAUUUCUGUUUUUGGCACACUUCCGUGCGAGUGGAUACCCGCUCUGUCUGUACAUGCCAUAAGCUGGUAGAGCCAUUUAUCAAAAUUGAAACUCUUUCUACUGUCUUUCUACACGAGGAUCGUUUACUAUGGAACGAUUUUGAAGCAACAUUUACAUUUUUUCUGUUAUUUAUUUGUAAUUAAAUGUAGUAAAAAGGAAAAUAACCGUCUUCUAAAGAAGCAACGAAAGACACGAAACAUAUCGAUUAAGUCAUAGGUACGCGUACUGUAUCCCGAAACAUACUUUUUUCUAGGCAUCUUGUAACCUGGCGUAAAGGGCAUCCUCAAAAGAUAGGGAUAUUGAUAAGAUAUGGAUACAUCUUAGAUAAGGAUAGUCUAAGCGAGGUAUCCGUUAUCGAACAAACAGCCACAGGUUUGCGUCGUUGGCUGUACGGAAAAUUAAUUUGGUAUUUGAUUGUUGUAUAUGUGUUAUUGCUUUAUGUUCCAUAUAUACACAUUUUUUCACAACCAGUGCUCACUUUUACACAUAAAUAAGUUUAAGGAUCCACGAGCGUUUUCUUUUCAGGAUAUCCAUCACAUUGGAAAAUGUUUCAUUGAAUAUUUCUAACAAAAUUUAUGCCAAAAAUAGAUGCUCAGUCAUCAAAAUAUGGCUAAUAAUGUACAUUUUGACCAAAAGAUGCGACUUGUUUGUCAUCAAAAUAUGGCUAAUAAUGUACAAUUUGACCAAAUGAUGCGACUUGUUGCGAAAAAAAAAAGAAUUU